GAUUUCUCGCUCGUCGUGUCAAAAUGGAGGAGGAGGUCUCUGGCUCAAUGAGGGGAGCGCCGAUUCGACGGUCGCUUCUGCUCCCGUGAACGCUUCCAGCUCGCCCGCGCGACGGGAGCCAACGCCGAACCGCUCGCUCCGCUUUGUGGAUAUAUAUUUUUUAUAUUUUAAUUUUUGUGUGUCGGGGAGGGGGGGGGGGGUGCAGCCAUGAGCGCGGCGGAGGGGCUGGACGAGGCUGCGAAGGACGCUCCAGACGUAGCGGCGUUUUUCAAAUCCGAUUUCUCUCUUCCAAAAUGUGACUCGAAACUGGAUGGACCUGGUCCGACCUCAGGCUUUCAUCGCAAUGAAGACAUGAAGGCCAUUGACGUGCUUCCCAUCCUCAAGGAGAAAGUGGCCUUUCUCUCAGGAGGCAGAGACAGACGAGGAGGUCCGGUUCUCACUUUCCCCGCACGGAGCAACCACGACAGAAUACGAGCGGAAGACCUGCGCAGGCUCGUCGCCUACCUGGCCACCAUCCCCAGCGAGGAGGUGGUCCGACAUGGCUUCACGGUCAUCGUGGACAUGCGCGGCUCCAAAUGGGACAGCAUCAAGCCGCUGCUGAAGAUCCUGCAGGACUCUUUCCCGUCCUGCAUCCACGUGGCCCUCAUCAUCAAGCCGGACAACUUCUGGCAGAAGCAGAGGACCAACUUCGGCAGCUCCAAGUUUGAGUUUGAGACGGUCAUGGUUUCGUUAGAGGGGCUGUCCAAAAUCGUGGACCCGUCGCAGCUGACGGCCGACUUCGACGGCAGUUUAGAGUACGACCACGAUGACUGGAUUGAGGUGCGGCUCUCGUUUGAGACCUUUGCCAGCGACGCGGCGCGAGCUUUGGCGCGCCUGGAGGAGCUGCAGGAAACCCUUUCCCAGCGAGAUCUCCCGCGGGACCUGGAAGGGGCUCGGCGGCUCAUGGAGGAACACGCGGCGCUGAAGAAACGGGCCACGAAGGCCUCCGUGGAAGAGUUGGACGCGCAGGGUCGCAGGCUGCUGCAGAGGCUGCAGUCCCAAACGGCGGGGAGCGGGGGCGCCGUCGAAAGCGUCUACGGGAACCGGAUCGGCGGCGCCGCCGGAGAGUCCAACGAUCACCACCGCGGCUUCUACGCGCACGCCGACGCUCACAACCUCGGCGCCAAAGUGACCGGUUUGUUGGAUAAGCUCCACGGAACGCGCCAGAACCUGCAGCAGUUGUGGCACAUGAGGAAGCUGAAACUGGACCAAUGUUUCCAGCUGCGUCUUUUUGAGCAGGAUGCGGAAAAGAUGUUCGACUGGAUCAUGCACAACAAGGGUCUUUUCCUGACCAGCUACACAGAAAUCGGGAACCACCAGCACGCCGUGGAACUGCAGACCCAGCACAACCACUUUGCAAUGAAUUGCAUGAACGUGUACGUGAACAUCAAUCGGAUCAUGUCGGUCGGGAACCGGCUCCUGGAAUCGGGCCACUACGCCUCCCAGCAGAUCCAGCAGAUCUCGGGCCAGUUGGAGCAGGAGUGGAAGGCCUUCGCUGCGGCGCUGGACGAGCGCAGCACGCUGCUCGAGAUGUCGGCCGGCUUCCACCAGAAAGCCGACCAGUACAUGAGCAAAGUGGAGCCGUGGUGCAAAGCCUGCGGCGAAGGGGAUUUGCCCUCGGAACUGCAAGACCUGGAAGACACAAUCCAUCGGCAUCAGGGCCUUUACGAGCACGUUACCACCGCCUACUCUGAGGUGAGCCAAGACGGGAAGUGUCUCUUGGACAAGCUCCAGCGACCUCUGACCCCGGGGAGCGCCGAUUCCUUGAUGGCCUCGGCGAACUACUCCAAGGCGGUGCACCACGUCCUGGACGUCAUCCACGAGGUGCUCCACCAUCAGAGGCAGCUGGAGAACAUCUGGCAACACCGCAAAGUCCGCCUUCACCAGCGUCUGCAGCUCUGCGUCUUCCAGCAGGACGUGCAGCAGGUGCUGGACUGGAUCGAAAACCACGGCGAGGCUUUCCUCAGUAAGCACACGGGCGUGGGCAAGUCCUUGCACAGAGCGCGAGCGCUGCAGAAGAGACACGAGGACUUUGAAGAGGUUGCACAGAACACGUACACGAACGCUGACAAGCUGCUGGAGGCAGCGGAGCAGUUGGCUCAGACGGGAGAAUGCGACCCGGAGGAGAUUUACCAGGCCGCCCACCAGCUGGAAGAUCGCAUCCAGGACUUCGUGCGGCGUGUGGAACAGCGCAAGGUCCUGCUGGACAUGUCCGUUUCCUUCCACACGCACGUCAAAGAGCUGUGGACGUGGCUGGAGGAGCUUCAGAAGGAACUGCUGGAUGACGUCUACGCCGAGUCCGUCGAGGCGGUGCAAGAUUUGAUCAAGCGUUUCGGUCAGCAGCAGCAGACCACCCUGCAGGCGACCGUCAACGUCAUCAAGGAAGGCGAAGACCUCAUUCAGCAGCUCAGGGAUUCUGCCAUCUCGAGCAACAAGACCCCGCACAACAGCUCCAUGGCCCACAUCGAGAGCGUCCUGCAGCAGCUGGACGAGGCCCAGGGCCAGAUGGAGGAACUUUUCCAGGAGAGGAAGAUCAAACUGGAACUCUUUCUGCAGCUGCGCAUCUUUGAGAGGGAUGCCAUCGACAUCAUCUCUGACCUGGAGUCAUGGAACGAGGAAGUGAGCCAGCAGAUGAGCGACUUCGACACGGAGGACCUGACGCUGGCCGAGCAGAGGCUUCAGCAUCACGCCGACAAGGCCCUCACCAUGAACAACCUCACCUUCGACGUCAUCCACCAAGGCCAGGAGCUGCUGCAGUGCGUCACCGAGGUCCAGGCCUCAGGCGUGGAGCUGCUGUGCGACCGAGACGUGGACAUGGCCACGCGCGUUCAGGACCUCCUGGAGUUUCUCCACGAGAAGCAGCAGGAGCUGGACCUGGCGGCCGAGCAGCACCGGCGCCAUUUGGAGCAGUGCGUCCAGUUGAGGCACCUUCAGGCGGAGGUCAAGCAGGUCCUGGGUUGGAUCCGGAACGGCGAGUCCAUGUUGAACGCCGGGCUGAUCACGGCCAGCUCGUUGCAAGAGGCCGAGCAGUUGCAGAAGGAACACGAACAGUUUCAACAUGCGAUUGAGAAAACCCACCAGAGCGCACUUCAGGUGCAGCAGAAGGCCGAGGGUCUGCUCCAGUCCAACCACUACGACAUGGACAUGAUCCGAGACUGCGCAGAGAAGGUGGCGGACCACUGGCAGCAGCUGAUGCUGAAGAUGGAGGACAGACUCAAGCUGGUCAAUGCUUCCGUGGCCUUCUAUAAGACCUCGGAACAGGUGUGCAGCGUCUUGGAGAGCCUGGAGCAGGAGUACAAGAGAGAAGAGGACUGGUGCGGCGGCGCCGAUAAACUGGGCCCCAACAGCGAGUCGGAUCACGUCACGCCCAUGGUCAGCAAACACCUGGAGCAGAAAGAGGCUUUCCUUAAGGCCUGCACGCUGGCCAGACGCAAUGCCGACGUCUUCCUCAAGUACCUGCACAGGAACAGCGUCAACAUGCCCGGAAUGUUGUCCCACGUCAAAGCUCCCGAGACUCAGGUUAAAAACAUCUUGAACGAGUUGCUGCAGAGAGAGAACAGGGUUCUCCACUUCUGGACCAUGCGGAAGCGCCGUCUGGAUCAGUGCCAGCAAUACGUGGUCUUCGAACGCAGCGCCAAGCAGGCCCUGGAGUGGAUCCACGACACGGGCGACUUCUACCUGUCCACGCACACGUCCACCGGCUCCAGCAUUCACCACACGCAGGAGCUUCUGAAGGAGCACGAAGACUUCCAGAUCACGGCCAAGCAAACCAAAGAGCGUGUAAAGCUGUUGAUCCAGCUGGCCGACGGUUUUUGUGACAAGGGCCACGCCCACGCCCUGGAGAUAAAGAAAUGGGUGUCCUCGGUGGACAAGCGCUACCGGGACUUUUCUCUCCGUAUGGACAAAUACAGGACCUGCCUGGAAUCGGCGCUUGGCAUUCCCUCCGACUCCAACAAGGCAAGUAAAGAGCUUCAACUGGACAUCAUUCCAGCGAGCGCUCCGGGUUCAGAGGUCAAGUUGAGGGAUGCCGCUCAUGAGCUCAAUGAGGAAAAGAGGAAGUCCGCCAGGAGGAAAGAAUUCAUAAUGGCCGAGCUGAUCCAGACAGAGAAAGCCUACGUCCGGGACCUGCGUGAGUGCAUGGACACUUAUCUCUGGGAGAUGACCAGCGGCGUGGAGGAGAUUCCGCCAGGCAUCGUCAACAAGGAGCACAUCAUCUUCGGGAACAUGCAGGACCUCUACGAGUUCCACCACAACAUUUUCUUGAAGGAGUUGGAGAAAUAUGAGCAGCUUCCGGAGGACGUUGGUCACUGCUUUGUUACUUGGGCCGACAAAUUCCAGAUGUACGUGAACUACUGUAAGAACAAGCCGGACUCCACGCAGCUCAUCUUGGAGCACGCCGGACCAUAUUUCGAUGAAAUCCAGCAAAGGCAUCGUCUUGCCAAUUCAAUCUCGUCUUACUUGAUCAAACCAGUCCAAAGAAUUACAAAGUACCAACUGCUUCUUAAGGAGCUCUUGACAUGCUGUGAGGAAGGAAAAGGAGAGCUCAAAGACGGUCUCGAGGUGAUGUUGAGUGUCCCAAAAAGAGCCAAUGACGCCAUGCACUUGUCUAUGCUGGACGGCUUCGACGGGAACAUCGACUCCCAAGGAGAGCUGAUUCUUCAGGAUUCCUUCCAAGUUUGGGAUCCCAAGACGUUGAUCCGGAAGGGGCGUGACCGCCACCUUUUCCUCUUCGAGAUGUCGCUGGUUUUCAGUAAGGAAGUGAAAGACUCAAACGGACGCAGCAAAUACCUUUACAAGAGCAAGUUGUUUACGUCGGAGCUGGGGGUGACGGAGCACGUGGAGGGGGAUCCUUGUAAGUUCGCCCUCUGGGUGGGCAGAACCCCGACCUCGGACAACAAGAUCGUGCUCAAGGCCUCCAGCAUCGAAAACAAGCAGGACUGGAUCAAGCGCAUUCGCGAGGUCAUUCAGGAGCGAACGGUCCACCUGCGCGGCGCCCUGAAGGAGCCCAUUCACAUCCCCAAAGCCACCGCCGCCAAGCAGAAAGGCAGACGAGAAGGCGAAGAGCUCGACAGCCAAGGAGAUGCCAGCAGCCAACCGGACACCAUCUCCAUCGCGUCCAGGACGUCCCAGAACACGCUGGACAGCGACAAGCUGUCGGGCGGCUGCGAGCUGACGGUGGUCAUCCACGACUUCGUCGGCGGCAACGGCGGCGGGGAGCUGACGGUGCGACGGGGUCAGACGGUCGAGGUUCUGGAGCGGCUCCACGACAAGCCCGACUGGUGCCUGGUCCGGACCACGGACCGCAGUCCGGCCCAGGAGGGCGUGGUCCCCUGCUCCAUGCUGUGCAUCGCCCACUCCCGCUCGUCCAUGGAGAUGGAGGGGCUCUUCAACCACAAAGACACCUUGUCCGUAUCCAGUAACGACGGCCUGCAGCCGGGUUCCAGCCAAACUUUGGGGCCCCACAGCUCGCCGGGCCCCAAGCGGCCGGGGAACACCUUAAGGAAGUGGCUGACCAGCCCCGUUCGGCGACUCAGCUCCGGCAAGGCGGACGGCCACGUCAAGAAGUUGGCGCACAAGCACAAAAAGAACCGCGAAGGCCCGCGGAAGAACCUGGACGCGAUGCAAGGCCCUCAGAAGGACUCGGACGACAGCGCCGCCACCCCGCAGGACGAGACGCUGGAGGAGCGCAUGCGUAACGAGGGACUGAGCAGCGGCACGCUCUCCAAGUCGUCUUCGUCGGGUAUGCAGAGCUGCGGAGAGGAGGAAGGCGAGGAGGGCGCCGACGCGGUCCCUCUGCCCCCGCCGAUGCCCAUCCAGCAGCACAGCCUGCUGCAGCCCGACGCCCAGGACGACAAGUCCGCGUCCCGACUGUCCGCUCGGCCCGGCAGCUCCGAGACGCCCAGUGCCGCCGAACUGGUCAGUGCCAUCGAGGAGCUGGUCAAAAGCAAGAUGUCACUCGAGGAUCGUCCCAGUUCUCUGUCGGUGGAGCAAGGCGACAGCAGCUCUCCUUCGUUCAACCCCUCCGACAAUUCCCUCCUGUCGUCCUCGUCGCCCAUGGAGGAGCUGGACGAGCGCAAGUCCGGCUUCCUCAAGAGAAGGCAUUACGUCCUUCUGGAGUUGGUGGAGACCGAACGGGAUUACGUGCGAGACUUGGGAUCAGUUGUCGAGGGUUACAUGAGCAGAAUGAAAGAGGAAGGCGUUCCAGAUGACAUGAGGGGAAAAGACAAGAUUGUCUUUGGAAACAUCCAUCAGAUCUACGACUGGCACAAAGACUUUUUCUUGGGAGAGAUUGAAAAAUGUUUGGAGGAUCCUGACAGACUCGCGUCGUUAUUUGUCAAACAGGAGCGCCGGUUUCACAUGUACAUCGUGUACUGCCAAAACAAGCCCAAAUCGGAGCACAUUGUGUCAGAGUACAUUGAGACUUACUUUGAAGAACUCAAGCAGCGACUGGGCCACCGGUUGCAGCUCACGGAUCUGCUUAUCAAACCUGUCCAGCGCAUCAUGAAGUACCAGCUCCUGCUGAAGGAUCUUCUCAAAGUUUCAAAGAAAGCUGGAGUGGAUUCCUCGGAGCUGGAGAAAGCUGUGGAGGCGAUGUGCAUCGUCCCAAAGCGCUGCAACGACAUGAUGAAUGUUGGCCGCCUUCAAGGCUUCGACGGUAAAAUUGUAGCACAGGGCAGGUUGCUCCUGCAAGACACGUUCCUGGUUUCGGACCAGGAUGGGGGCCUUUUGUCGAGAAUGAAAGAGAGGAGAGUCUUCCUUUUUGAGCAGAUUGUUAUAUUCAGUGAACCCUUGGACAAGAAAAAGGGCUUCUCUACUCCUGGCUACCUCUUCAAGAACAGCAUUAAGGUUAGCUGGCUGGGUCUGGAAGAAAACGCCGAGGACCCCAGCAAAUUCACGCUAACCUCCAGAUCGUCCAGCGGCAACGUGGACAGGUACACCCUCCACUCCACGAGCCCCGGAAUCAGUCAAAUCUGGCUCCACCAGGUCAGCCAGAUUCUGGAAAACCAGCGCAAUUUCCUCAAUGCUCUGACGUCCCCCAUAGAGUACCAGAGGAACCACGUGGGCGGCAGUGGGCCCGCGGGUCCACCCAAUAGUAGCAGUGCCGGAGGCCUUCCGGGAGGCAGCACGGCCACCGGCACCUCCGGCCUAGGAGGCGGCGGCGGGGGUGGCUCCGGAGGAUCGGGAGGCAACUCCUCUUCUCUUUGUGGGCCGCGCUCCAGACCCUCAAGAAUUCCCCAGCCUUCCUCACGCCUACCCCAGCCUGUCCAUCACCACCACCACCCAGGUCCCGAAGGGCCUGACAGAUCAGCAGGUACGUGGUCACCCUGCCAGCCGCAGUCCCAGCCGUCUAGCCUGUAUUCAGACACCGCCUCAAACGGCAAGCUGAUCAGUUCUGAGGUCCACAAGAUGGAAGCGCUGGAUUGUAGCGACGGAGGCAACUGUAACAACAGCAGCAGACCCUCGAGCACCUCAGAAAGAGAUGCCAGACUGGCUCCCGGAGCUCGUGAAGAAAGCCCAAAACCUCGGCCGGCGGCUAUCCCGCAAAUGGCCGUGGCUCCUCUGCAUUUGGCCCUCAAGAACCCUCGAAUCAGAACAGUCUCACCUCUGGUUUCACCGCAGUCCCCCGCAGGCGUAAAGGACGCUUUUGUCCCCACCGGCCAGUCCCACAAAGGCAACCCUUUCUGGGCCACGGUCCCGUCAGUGCCUCCUUCCCCCACGAGCCGACCGAGUUCCUGCGUCGGCGACGGUCUCGGUGGAGGGGAAUCGCUGGGCAGGGGAAGCCACGGGACGGCCUCUCAUCGCCGCCAUUCCACCCACAGUAAGGAUUUAGACCGCGUGAGCACGUGCUCCUCCGCCAGCGAGCAGUCCGUACACUCCGCCCACAGCAACGGGAGUGAAAGCAGUAGCAGCAGCAGCAGCAGCAGCAGCAGCGUGUCCACCAUGUUAGUGACCCAAGACUACGCGGCGGUGAAGGAGGACGAGAUCAGCGUGGCUCAGGGUGAGGUGGUCCAAAUACUAGCCAGCAACCAGCAAAAUAUGUUCCUGGUGUACCGGGCCGCCAACGAGCACUGCCCGGCGGCCGAGGGGUGGAUCCCCGGCUUCGUAUUGGGACACACUUCAUCCUCCACGACGCCCGAUUUCCCAGACGGAACCGUCAAAAAAUCCCUCUCGUGGCACACUGCACUUCGUAUCCGCCGCAAGUCCGAGAAAAGAGACAAGGACGGUAGGAAAUUGGAGAACGGCUACCGCAAAUCGCAGGACAACCUGGCCGGCAAAGUCUCCGGCAAGCUUGUGAAUCCCAACUUCAUCAGUGAUGCUCCCCCGGAGUUCCUCGUCCCGCUCGGCGACGUGGCGUGCGAGAGCGGCGACAGCGUUACUCUCAGGUGCAAAGUGAGCGGCCGACCGCGAGCCGCCGUCACCUGGCGAGGGCCCGACGGCGACGCGCUCAGCAACGGCGGACGGCACGGCAUCGCCUACAGCGAGACAGGCGAGGCAACUCUGUGCAUCCUCGGGGCGACCGUGGAGGACAACGGAGAGUACACGUGCGUCGCCGCGAACCCGUCCGGUUCCGUCAGCUCCUCGGCCGGCCUCAGAGUCUCAGGAAGCCCGGAUGAUAGCAACAAUGCAAUUUGGAAACGCGGUUUUGAGUCCCACUACACUGACAUUUCUGAACUUGGAAGAGGCCGCUUCUCAGUGACCAAGCGCUGCGACCAGCGAGGCAGCAAAUGGACCGUGGCGGCCAAGCACGUCAACAAGAAGCUGCUGCGUCGGGAGCAGGUUCUGCAGGAGGUCAAACUCCUGCAGACGGUGGAUCAUCCCAACCUGGUCCGCUUCCUGGACACGUACGAGACGGCCAGCAGCUACGUUCUGAUUCUAGAGAUGGCAGACCAAGGUCGAUUCCUGGACUACAUCGUGAGCUGGGGCAACCUGACGGAGGAGAAAGUGGCCCUGUACCUCCGAGACAUUCUGGAAGCGCUCCAGUACCUGCACGGCUGGAGGAUCGCGCACCUGGACCUGAAACCUGAGAACAUCGUGGUGGAGCAGGUGUCCUCGCAGCCCGUGGUCAAGCUGACGGACUUUGGUGACGCGGUUCAGCUCAACCCCCCGUCCUGCUACAUCCACCCUCUUCUGGGCAGCCCGGAGUUCUCGGCCCCCGAGCUCGUCCUGGGGCGGCCCGCCUCUCUGAUGUCCGACAUGUGGAGCUUGGGUGUGUUGACCUACGUGGUCCUCAGCGGCGCGUCGCCCUUCCUGGACGAGAGCCUGGAGGAGACGUGUCUGAACAUCUGCCGGCUGGAUUUCAGCUUCCCCGAGGACUACUUCGACGGCGUGAGCGUGGCCGCCCGCGACUUCGUGCGGCCGCUGCUGCGGGGCGAGCCCGAGCGCCGGCCCUCGGCGACCGCCUGCCUGCGCGAGCCCUGGCUCCGCCUCCCGGGCGCGGCCGAGGGCGACGGGCGAUACGCCGCGCGGCUCCCGCCGGGCCAGGGCCGCCCCUCGCGCCUGGACACGUCCCGGCUCAUUUCGUUCAUCGAGAGGCGCAAGCACCAGAACGACGUCCGGCCCGUCGGGACCUUGAAGGCGUUUCUGCGCAGCCGGCUGCUCAACCGCGUGUGAGGGGAAGGACGAGGUUUUAUGCCGUUCUCUGCUGAAUUUUCCACACCGAUGCCGCGUCCCCCACGUCCAAACCCCUCGCCCUCCUCCCGCCCAUCCAUAGCCCCCCCCCCCCCCCCCAGUGUCCUGCUUCUGCUGCUGCUCGCUGCUGACUUGACUGAAUGAUGACUCCGCCCCUUCCCCCCCCCACACACACCCACCCCUCCCUCACCUCGGCGUACGGCGUUUUUAUGCCCGCGCAACACACAAAACGGACUUCCAAGCCCGACUUCGCGACGAGAGAAGCGAGCCUUCCUCUCCUCGCGAGAGUCGUACCGUAUUACCAAAAGGAAACGGAGUACUGCGAAUAGUCGCUGCGUGUCGGGCUGCUUUUAGUUGACCACAGAAGAAGCCUUUUUCUUUGUAAAAAGAGAUGACCUUUUUGUAAGCGAAACUGUACAGUUGGGCAACAAAAUACAUUUGCAACUUUUGAGGGAAAGCCGCGUUCCUGCCGUCGUCUGAAGGAGGAGACGCAAAAAAGAUGCGAGAGCGAGGUGGUCCCCGUCGUCACGGCGACGCGCGAAGGAAGCCCCGAGGGCGUCUUCCGUCUGCGGCCGCUUUGGGCUCCUCUCGCCGACGUGGCGAAAUGAAAAUGAACUUUCAAGGCGACGCUUCUUAGAUGGCCGCCUUAUCUGUAAAUAAAUUGGUCUCGCUUUUUCAUUCGUCUCUUUUCUUUUUUUGAGAAAGAAUCUGUUGCCACCGAACAAGGUCGCUCAUUUCGUUCGCAGCGUAUGAACAAAUUUGGAUAAUGCGCUCGUUUUGCGUCACUUUUCACGUGCGGCGUUGCAGCUUGAACAUUUAUGCAACUAUUUAUGACGACUUGUGUUGUAGCGCUAGAACAAAAUAACGGCAUGUACGUGACUGGUACUGCGAUAGACGUCUGUAUUGUGUUAACUCUUUUUGUAUUAAGUUCAGCACUAAAAUAUCUGCGCAAUGAGGAGCUUCGGCAACAAUGUAAAACGUGUAUCUAUUUUUCAAAAAUGGCACUUGGGCUUUUUUUUUUUUUUGUCAUUGUUUCCUUCCGUAAUAAUACCAAAGUUUUGCCGUUUGUUUUCCUGUAUUCCAAUUUUUUUUUUCCGUGUUAACUUAUAGAGAGCACAGUGAACCCAGAUAUUCAAAGAGUUUACAUGACUGACCUUUUUAUUUAUUAUUUCAGGAGAACGUUUGGUGAUUUUUAAAUGGCCGAUUUCCGGCCGGACUUCACUUUGCCGGCUUUUGUGUUUGCAUCCUCCAGCGUUGCGGCGCCGGCUUAGCGUGUGCCGCUUCGUCCGUUUCGGAGACGACGACGUUUCUUUUUUCUUUUAUGUGAGCGGUCGAGAAACGCUUGCUAACAUUUGGUGGCUCGAGAAAAAAAAAACGUUCUACUUU